AUGCCAGCCGAGCAUCCACAACGUCUUUCUCGUUCGCCUUCUUGGUGGGAACGAUCCAUCGUGAAGCGAUCUACCUAUGCGAUUGACAAUCUCGUAGAGACCAUGAUGGGAGAAUCGACCUUUCUGCAACGGCAAGAAGAAGAAGAGUCCUCAUCUUCCGUUCUUCAAUUGGAUAGAAGUCAAGUCCAAGUGGGAGCCAUGUUGGGCAAGGGUAGCUUCUCGGUCGUUUCGGAAGUGACUGGUUUGAACUUGGACCAGUCCACAGCAGCAGCAUUCUCCGCGCAAACAGGAGAAGAUCAACAGCAAGACACUGACUUGUGCUUGUCGUCCGUCUUGUCCCAUCUCGUCGAGGAACAAGAAGAAGAAAUGCCCCACAGCCACAAGCGACAGUACGCCAUUAAGCAUUUGCGUCCCGACUUGAUCCCCAAAAGCGGCGACCCGGAACACUUUCAAGCGGCAGCCAGUGAUCUCAUCAUGGAGGCCAAAUACCUUUCAUCCUUGAAUCAUCCCGGCAUUCUCAAGCUUCGUGCCGUCGCCCAGGGUGGUUCCGCCGCGUUUUUAACCAAUGGAGGAGACUAUGACGGCUUUUUCAUCAUCACGGAUCGUUUGCAAGGGACACUCAAAGAUAAGAUUCUGGAGUGGCAAUGCCUACAACAGGAAGAGAGUCUCUUGGAAUGUCUUCACAUGGCAGCACACGAUCACUCGCCAUCAUCAUCAGCAGCACCCAGAACAUGGGAAGAAGAAUGCAAGGAAGACAACCUGACGGCUUUGACUUGCAGUACCAACAAUCCCCGCAGACUAUUGCUGGAAAAGUUGGACUUGGCACUCCAAUUGGCACGGGCAUUGCAAUAUAUGCACGAACGUCGCUUGAUAUACCGCGAUCUCAAACCGCAAAACAUAGGCGUUACCGAUGACAAUACCGUGCAACUCUUUGACUUUGGAUUCACCCGCGAGUUGCCACCCUGCAAUUUCAUGUCGUACGACGACGAAGAACUUGCUGCCACCGAGGAAGACGACGACGACUUGCUGUAUUUCAUGUCGGGCAAGGGGUCCUUAAUGUACCUUGCACCCGAAGUGCUGUACAAUGGACGGUACAAUCGCAAGGCAGAUUGCUAUUCGUUUGCCAUGGUCUUUUACGAGCUCCUCACGCUCAACAAACCCUUCACGUCCGUCACCAACCAACAAAUCUUUCGGGAACUCAUUGUUCGACACAAGGCCCGCCCGUCCCUGGAGCUUGCCGAGAUUCCAGCUUCGGUACAAGACUUGCUGCGAAACGCGUGGAAUAACACCGUCUCCCAACGAUGGACCAUGAAACAGAUUUGUGAGCGUCUUGAGGAUAUCAUUAUCGAGGAAACCCAGCAGCUGGAUCGACAUGGAAUGGAAGUUUCAGAGGAAGAACUAGAAGAACACAUUAUCACUCCAGCCACCAGUCCUUUGUGCGGUGGCGAGAUGGUCGAUUUGGUGCUCGACUUUGCCAGAGACGUUCGACUGGGAUUCCAGAUUCUCACAGGGCAAGACAAGACGUUGUCGUUGCGAUCGGGUCCGAUGGAAGCCCUCUUCGAAGAAGAAGACGAAGAGGAUUCCUUGGUGGACAUGUUGAAUGACAUGUUGGCUGCUCCUCAAGAAGAAGACAAUGUGGUUCCAACCAUUGAGCGUCAGGGAACGGACUUGUCAAACGCGACCAUGGCCACAGAAGAACCUUUGGAAGUGACUUUGGAAGAGGCCUUUUCGACAUCGGCGGACCACUCGCACAAGGAGAACCAGCCCAGUGCUGAGGAAGACCAACGCAUCGACGAGCACAGCAGCUACAAGGUGCCGGAAGAGCGCUGCCCGCCAUCUCCUCCAUUGGAGAGGACUACCAGUGCCCCAGCGGCACCAAACGGCAAGUCAAGGGUCCUCGGCGAUAUUCAAGUCCUCCAAGUCCCAUACGGCCUCCCACCCAGGCAUCAUCAUCAGAGUGCCACCAUGAAGCCAUCCAGGAGGCAAUCCUAUCAUGGCAAUGGACUCCUCCCAACUCCUCCUCCACCGGAAAGGCCACAACGAAGACAGUCCUAUAAUGGUGACAUGUUCUCGGAUGAUGGCCCACAGUGGAUAUCCUCUGUUCCAGCUUUCUAA